AUGAGGAAUCGAAAGCAAUGGAAGCUUAGUCCAAGGUUUAUGGGACUGUAUAGGAUCAUUGAGCGAGUGGGUCCUUUGGCCUAUCAAUUGGCCUUGCCUAACGAAUUAGCUAGAUUUCAUGAUGUGUUCCAUGUGUCACAAUUGCGGAAGUACAUACCGGAUCCAAGAAUGGAAGUUCCUGAGGAAGAGGUUGAGAUUCAUCAGAACCUAACCUAUAUUGAGAGGCCAGCGAAAAUCUUGGACCGCAAGGAGAAGAAGUUGAGGAAUAAAUCAAUUCUUCUAGUUAAAGUUCAGUGGAACCAUCACUCUGAUCGGGAAGCAACAUGGGAGCUAGAAGAAGAUUUAAGGCGCAAUUUCCCAAAUUAUUUGUUGAUGUAA